ACCUUGGAGGCUGGGGAGCUGAACACUCCCAGUAUUGCUUCACAAAAAGAGAAGUGGAUUUUUUCUAUUUGAUCUUAAUUUUUUGUAUUCUGCUUAACAUUUUGGGAUACUGUUGGUUGAGUUUGCCUGAUUUGGUCCCAGACCGAAGCUCCGCCACCUCGGACUCGGGCUACAGAUAGAAGAUGGGCCACCUUAUUCUACUUUUCUUGUUGUUCUUGGCUCCAGUAUUUGCUGAUGGAGGAAGUCAGAAAUCAACCCAAAACCUUUGUUCAAAUGAUGUCAGCCACAAACGCCAGAAGAGAGACUGGAUAUGGAACCAAAUGCACAUCAAAGAAGAGAUUGAUACACCUUUGCCACACCAUGUUGGCAAGAUCACAUCCAGUGUGAGGAACAACAACGCCAAGUACAUCAUCAAGGGUGAAUAUGCCAACACCAUCUUCAAGGUGGAGGAGACCAGCGGGGACGUCUACGCCUUCGAGAGGCUGGACAGGGAGAAGAAGGCAGAGUAUGAGCUGACAGCCCUCAUCAUUGACAGGACCAACAACAGAUCCCUGGAGCAGCCCUCCAAAUUCAUCAUCAAGGUGUAUGAUAUCAACGACAACGCCCCUGUGUUUGUGCAGAAGGUGUUCAAUGGCUCUGUCCCAGAGAUGUCCCCAGUAGGAACCUCAGUCACCAAAGUGACGGCUGUGGAUGCUGAUGACCCCACAGUGUCAGGUCAUGCCACGGUGACCUACGAAGUCACCACAGGAAGUGAAUAUUUCACCAUUGAUGACUCUGGUGUGAUUUAUACAAAGGAGCCCAAUCUAGACAGAGAGACCAAGUCAACGUAUGAGAUUGUUGUUCGAGCCAAGGAUGCUCCGGGUUUUUCUGGGGAUUCCAGCACAGCCACAGUGAUCAUCACCUUGUCUGACAUCAAUGACAACUUCCCAGUGUUCAAACACUCAUCAUUUCACUUUAAAGUUCCUGAAAACAUUUCCGUAGGAGGAGAAGUUGGCAGAGUCAAAGUAGAAGAUAUCGAUGAACCACAGCACAGAAAUACAAGAUACAGCUUUAUCCAAGGAGAAUUCAGGGACACCUUUGACAUUGUAGCAAAUCCAUACACAAAUGAAGGAAUCUUUAGGCCAAAGAAGCCCCUGGACUUCGAAACAGUGUCAGAAUACAGGUUUAGCAUUGAGGCCACAGACCCCACAAUCAACCUCCGGCAUUUCAAGCCCGGCAACCCCCGGAGCAUCUCCACGGUCACCAUCGAAGUCACCGACGUGGAUGAGCCUCCUGUCUUCACCAGACUCCCAUAUGAAUUUAAAGUGAGGGAAAACCAUGCCGAAGUAAAAACACUUGGUUCAGUUCAUGCAGAGGACCCCGACGCAGCUAAACGGAAAAUCAGAUAUAUUCAGCGUAGAGCAAGUCCUAGUGGAGACUACGUCCGAGUAUCCAAUAAUGGAGUUAUUCAGCUUCCCAAGCCUCUGGACAGAGAAUUCAGCUCCUCAUACAACAUCACUGUGGCAGCUGUGGAGAUCCUUGAAGAUGGUCGCCUUUCCGACAGAGAGUCCCACGCCCACGUUCACGUCAUCGUUGAUGAUGUGAAUGACAAUGCUCCAGAACUUGUUUCUCCUGAGGAACCCCGAGUGUGUGAAAAUGCUGCACCUGGAAAGGUGAUUGUCAGGAUUUCAGCUGUUGACAAGGAUGAAACAUCACCCAGAGGUUUCUUCAGAUACUCACUGGCCACAGAAGACAGCAACUUCUCCCUGAUUGAGAACUACGACAACACCGCUAACAUCACUGUGAAAUACGGGCAGUUCAACCGGGAACUCGCCAAAUUCCACUACCUGCCCGUGCUCAUCUCGGACAACGGCGACCCCGACCUCACCAGCACCAACACUCUGGUCAUCAGUGUCUGCAAGUGCAACGAGGAGGGCAACUUCACUUUCUGUGAGGAGAGAGCAAAGCAGGUCGGCGUCAGCAUACAAGCACUGGUGGCAAUUUUUAUCUGCAUCUUCACAAUCAUUGUAAUCGUGCUGCUGAUUCUGCUGAGAAAGAGGCACAAGAAGGACCUGAGCGGGCUGGGGAGGAGCGUGGCAGAGAUCCACGAGCAGCUGGUCACCUAUGACGAGGAGGGAGGGGGCGAGAUGGACACCACCAGCUACGACGUGUCCGUGCUCAACUCCGUGCGCAAGAACGGCCUCAAGGCGGAGGCCGCUCCCUCUCCCUACGCACAGGUGCAGAAACCUGCAGGGAACAUCCCCCCCGGGGCUGGGGGCAUGGAGAUGAUGAUUGAGGUGAAGAAGGAUGAGGCUGACAACGACAGGGAUUUGCUGCCCUACGACACCCUGCACAUCUACGGCUACGAGGGCGCCGAGUCCAUCGCGGAAUCCCUCAGCUCCCUGGGCUCGGGCUCCUCAGACUCAGACAUUGAUUAUGACUUUCUCAACGACUGGGGACCCAGGUUCAAGAUGUUAGCUGAGCUGUAUGGAUCAGAACCAAGUGAAGAUUUUGUGUAUUGAGCUCAAACUAGCCGUGAAUUUUCCCCCUCCUGCUACAGAUAGACACCAAGAGACUGCCAGUGGCCAAAGAGGAACUCACAGCUCUUCCCUCAGGCCGUAGUAGGAUUUCAAACAGGCAUGGAAAAACCUGCAGUAGGGUCAAAAAGACACACAGAGAUCACAUAUAUUAACUUCUCCUAGAACUAUUGUCCUUGCUAACACUCAUUUUUUGCCCACUGACCUGCUCAAGUCCUCCAGGACACACCUCCUCUCCCCAUCUUCCCCACUCCUCCUGGUUUUGUCCCCAGUUUCUCCCUCACUCGUCUCCCCCUGUGCUGUUUCCAUCCACAUGCAUCCAAGGUCACCCUCUGCUGGGAGAGAGAGGUUCAGUGCCAUUGGGAAGGGACGUUUUAACCCCCCUGGAUCUCCAGCUGGCUGCUUUGCCUGCCCCUCUUGCAACAUCUUUAUUGAUAUUCCGCACUUAUGCCUACCCAGCAGAGGAGAGGAGGAACAUAUGGUCUACCACCCAGUAUUAGAAAUUAUUCCAUCAUUUUCAAAAAGAAGCAUUUUUUCCUUAUUUCCAUUCUAUUAAUUAUUUUUGCUUUAUAGCCUUCUACUACAUCUAUGAGUUACUCAAGAUAAAAUUAGACAGGAUUUUUAGACACACAAUCUGGUUUCAUCUGUCAUUUUUAACAGCCUGAUGACAAUUUCAGGCACAUUUCUGGCAUGCUAGAAUUUGCUCUAGCUAGCAGCAAAAUUGUUUUUUCUCUUUGUAAAUAGGAUCUCAGUGUUACUCAAUGGAACAUAUCCUGCAGGGCAGGAAAUGUGGAGAUCAGGGGAAUGUUAAGACUCCAACUCUGUAAAUCUCUCUAGAUGGAAACACAGGUCUCUCUAGAUUUCUAAAGAGGUUGAAUAGGGGGUUUAUUCAGCAUUAUUAAAGCAAUAGCAUUUUUUCAGGGACAAAAAAAUGAAGGGCCUCAUUACUGUGAAACUGUUGUGCUUUCUUUCUAAGCAGGUACUGUAAAAGGAGUAUUUUCCACACAGGAAAAUAUCGCAGAUUCCCAAACCAGAAUGCUAGACACCCACACACUCGGCUGCAUAAAAGCACCACAAAUGUAAGGCAGGUUUAGAGUUUAGAGCUGCAGCCACCACGGCCCUGGAGAGGGACUGUGUUCAGUUUCCCACCUGGUGAAGAGCCACAGAGUGACCAGAAUGAAACUUCCCACACUGGAAGCGACCCAGCCAAAUACAUUUUGGAAAAAGUGGGUCCCUUAGGACCAUGGCCUGUCUCUGGCUUCCAGCAAUACAGAGUCCUGUUGCCUCCAACAGGAACAGAGCCCUACUACACAGAUCCUCCACUGUGCAGGAUCUGUGCUGGAGCUGUAUGUAUUAGUUUAGUUGAUUUGAUUAUUUAAAUCUGGUAGCUAACCAAAUAGUACUAAAUCUUUUUUUUUUUU